AUGUGGGGCGUUGUGUUUGAUACGCGGCUCACUUUUCACGACCAUAUUUCUGCUCUUGCGACGAGCUGUUUCCGAAGGCUGGGUUUUGUAAUCCGAAACCUACGCUGUUUUCAAGACCCAUUGGCCAUAAAAAUAGUUUACAAUGCCUUGGUAAGGAGUAAAUUGGAGACCUCGUCGAUCGUAUGGAACCCCUACGAAUCGAUUUAUGCCUUACUAUUUGAGAAGGUGCAGAAAGCAUUUUUAAGGUUCCUUUUUAAAAAAGUUUUCGGAUUCUACCCGUAUCUCUACCCGACCAAGUAUCUCCUUGGCUCUCUUGGGUCCUUGGAGGUGAGGCGGAAUUUUCAGCUGAUGAUCACAGCAUGUCGAGCUCUACGUGGUGAGUCAGACUGUCCCGAGCUUGUAGAGCGUCUCGUACGACUGUUUGUUUCUGAUGUUCCGAGGAUAGCACUCAGGCCGCGACGACGCGACCUGUUGGCCGUGCCGCCGGCGCGUACCGUAUCGUACAGGAACUCGCCGCUGCCCCGCGCCCUCUCACAGCUCAAUGCGCUCCUGACAUCGACACCUGAGUGCGACUUGUUUGCGUGGCGAUGGGCGGCAAUAUGUAGUGAAUGCUUGAGAUUGUGUGAGGCGAUGGAUGCGAGGUGUUCAACUGUUCCUAUAUAAAAUGUCUGUUAGGUGUAUGCCUAUUAUUGUAAAUGUAUAUGUCUACUUUGUUUUUCUUGUUAUGUCAGCCGAUAUGUGACGCAAUGGUUAGCUGUAAAGUCAUGUAAUCAUGUUUACCAAUAAAUAAAUAAAUAAAUUUGAUACCAUUACACGGUAUGAUCAAGCGCUCGGUUGCGAUUUCAAUGUUUUUCACGCGAAAGCCCUCAACCCGCAAUUAUGUAAAGCAUUUAAAUUUCAAUUAUUUGCACUAAAAUCGAUUGCUACACUACACAAAUAUACAUAUAAUUUAUACAC